AAAUUAUUUACUUCCGGUUUGUAAACAUGUUUCCAGUAAUAUUUGGACGAUUUCUGUGCUCGAGGUGCAUCAGCGUCCUUGAUACUUGUAACAAAAACAAGUUAAGAUACCUCAGUCGAAGGCAGAUGCAUAAAAAUCCAUGGGAUGGUGGAGGAAACGUGUCUGAAGUGGAAAUACCUUCUUCAAACUCAAAAGCUAUCAAGAUAAGUUGCGGUAAACUUGCCAGAUUUGCAGAUGGGUGUGCAGUUGUUGAGGAUGGAGAAACAUCAGUUAUGGUUACAGCAGUAGGUAAAUCUAAGCCAAGCACUGCUGGAUUCCUGCCUCUCACAGUAGAUUACAGACAGAAAGCCGCAGCUUAUGGUAGGAUACCCACAAAUUACUUAAGACGGGAACUUGGCCCUACACCACAAGAAAUCCUCACCAGUCGUGUGAUAGAUAGAUCAGUGCGACCUUUGUUCCCAGAGGGUUAUUUGUGUGAGACUCAGCUGAUGUGCAAUAUCUUGGCUAUUGAUGGGAUGCACGACCCUGCUGUGGCAGCUAUAAAUGCUGCAUCAACUGCACUUGCUGUCUCAGACAUACCCUGGGAUGGCCCUAUAGGUGCAGUGAGGGUUGGAUUGAUAGACAAUGUACCUGUGAUCAACCCUACUAGGAAAGAGCUACAACAUAGUACAUUAGAUAUGAUAGUGACUGGUGCACUGGACCAUCACGUGGUUAUGCUAGAGGCAUCUGCCAAGAAUGUUCCAGAACAGGACUUCAGGAAGGCUAUAAAGAAAGGAGUCAGUGCAACCCAGCAUAUAAUACACAGUAUUAAGUCUCUCCAGUCACAAUGUGGCAAGAACAAGCGUACACUAGAUGUCACCACUUUAGAGAAUGAAGAUGAGAUACGAACUGGAGUACAAAGCUUGUCAUCAAAUCAUUUGAGAGAUAUUCUCACAGAUUUCACACAUCACAAGAUAUCCCGAGACGAAGCCGUGUCAGAGCUUAAAAACAGAGUGAUUGAAACAGUUAAAGAGACUUAUCCAGACGUCCAUCCAUCCGUACUGUCAGAUGUAUUCAGUGCUGUAUGCAAGCAAAUAUUUCGCAAUUUAAUAUUGGAUGAGAAAAUAAGGUGUGAUGGUCGUGGUAUUGGAGACUUGAGGAAGAUAUCAUGUGGUGUAGAUCUGUAUAAACCUCUACAUGGUUCAGCUCUCUUUCAGAGGGGCCAGACACAGGUGCUGUGUUCAGUGACCCUAGAUUCUAUUGAAUCUGCUCUCAAAGCUGAUCUUAUAAGUGGUGUCAAAGAGAAGAACUUCAUGCUUCAUUAUGAGUUCCCUCCAUAUGCAACCAAUGAGACUGGGAGGCCUGGAGGUAUUGGGAGAAGGGAGCUUGGACAUGGUGCUCUUGCUGAGAAAGCCCUAUGCCCUGUGGUACCAGACAACUACCCAUUCACUAUUAGGCUAACAGCAGAGGUCUUAGAAUCCAAUGGAUCGUCAAGUAUGGCGUCUGCAUGUGCUGGAAGCUUAGCAUUGAUGGAUGCAGGAGUGCCUAUAAGUGACCAUGUAGCAGGUGUAGCUAUAGGUGUUGUUACCAGGACACAUCCAGACACUGGCAAGAUCACUGACUACACCCUCAUGAAGGAUCUUCUGGGCAUAGAAGAUUAUAUGGGGGACAUGGACUUCAAGCUAGCAGGUACAAAGACAGGAAUUACUGCUCUCCAAGCAGACAUAAAGUGUGGAGGUUUGCCACUGAACGUUAUCAUGGAAGCUGUGACUAGUGCAGGAGAGGGUAAAAAAGAAAUCAUCAAGAUUAUGAGUGACACUUUACGUGGUCCUAGAUCUCAGAGAAAGGAAAAUGGUCCUGUAUCAGAGACACUCAAUGUACCAGUUCAUAAACGUGCCAAAUUCUUAGGACUUGGUGGCUAUAAUUUGAAAAAACUCACUGCAGAAACAGGUGUCAGCGUCACACCAAUAGAUGACACUAGCUAUCAAAUAUUUGCACCAAAUAACAUUGCCAUGGAAGAGGCAAGAGAAAGAAUUGAGCUGUUAUUAAAGGAAGAGAAAGUACCUGAACUUGAAUUUGGUGCCAUAUAUACAGCAAAGAUUGUGGAAGUCAGGGAUAUAGGUGUGAUGAUUCAGAUCCACCCAGCAAUGCAGCCUGCCUUGGUACACAAUUCACAGUUAGACCAGCGUAGGGUUAACCAUCCCAGUGCACUUGGAUUUGAAAUUGGACAAGAUAUCUCAGUGAAAUAUUUUGGGCGGGACCCAGCCAGUGGGAGACUUAGGCUCUCCCGUAAAGUUCUUUACUCACCAGCAACCUCUGUUAUUAGAAAUAUAGGAAAUAGGACUUCUACAUCAAGUUUAGAUACAAGAAAAAAGACUUCUGAUAAUGAUGUAGUUAAUGACAAUAAUGAGGACUCACAAACAGAUAUUAAUGGAAGAUGACAACAGAUUAUUUUUGAAAUAGAGCAUUGAAAUAUAUAUUAUUAACGAUGAUUAAAAUAUGGACUUAUGAGUGCAACAAUAGAAUUGCUAUGUGGUCAACAAAAGAGGGUGCUUACAUUGGACCUCAAAAUAUUGCACGGUCUAUCAAAAAUGUUGAUAGGAUCUUUUAUGACUACAAAUCACAGUUAGGACCUUCAGUGGAAUUCUGCUUCUGUUCUUGAUGUUUUAGGCUGCCUUCCUGAAUUGACUCGAGUCCAUAGAGAAACUUAUAAUAUGAAACCGAAUAAAUAGUUUUUAUUUGAAUUUUAUGUCUAUUUAUUUACUGUAUAUAUUUUGUUACACUGACUAUUGAAUAAAGAAUAAUGCAUGACACAAGCAACACAAUACUUACUAUCAGGCAUAUAGAAAACCAAUCCUGAAGUUCAAGCUUAUCUUUUUCAAGUGGCAAAUGCGUUCUCUAAUACAAAUGAGUUCUAAAUUUAUUUUAUUUGGCAUGCAUUUAAUCUUGUUGGCCUUCUUUGAAAAGUUUUGGCAAUUAUAAAACCCCUUUUGUGAAUAACAUAUUAAAAUUGACCUUUGCUUUGCUUGAAAAUCCUUUAC